AUGCCUCAAUAUACCGAAGAUCAGCUUCGUCAGGCUCUCGAGGACAUCUCAAACGGCAAGAGUCAAAAGAGAGCCUCAUUGGAGUAUGGGAUACCACGAUCAACCCUCCAACUACGUCUCCAAGGUGGUCAGACUAGGAAAGUGGCUUUUGCUGACUGGCAGAGGCUGUCUCCUGACCAGGAGAGUAAGCUGGCACAAUGGGUUCGCAUUCAGGCUUCGCUGGGCCUCGCACCAACGCACCAACAGGUGAAGGAAUUCGCAGAGCGAGUUCUGGCUGCUGCUGGGGAUACCAAACCAUUAGGAAAAGGCUGGAUCUAUGCCUUCGUGAGAAGGAACCCUAUCAUUAAGGUUCAGAGAAGUCGUUCCAUCGAUUCUAGACGCGUUAAUGGGGCAUCUACUGAGGUCAUUAGGAACUGGUUUAAGUUCCUUGCUAUCCCUGAGAUCAAGGACAUCAAACCAGCCAACAGAUAUAAUAUGGAUGAGACUGGCAUCCUCGAGGGUCAGGGAGCUAAUGGGUUAGUGCUGGGCAUGGCUGAGACGACGUCUGUUCGCAAGAAACAACCUGGGUCGAGGGCAUGGGUCUCUAUCAUUGAGUGUAUCUCAGCCUUGGGGAAGACGGUCCAACAACAGUGGUUUCCAUUACAUCUGGUUCCAUACGAUGGGUGGGAGUUUACAGCAACAGAUAAUGGCUGGACUACAGACUUAACUGCCAUUGAAUGGUUAGAGAAGGUGUUUAUCCCACAGACUAUGCCCGAGGCUGAGGGCGAGCUCGGUUACUUGUCUCAAUGGAACGACUCUACCAUUAUAGGUAAAAGGAACUUCCUGGACUGUUACCAGAAGGCUCGACUUGCUGGUCUAUCAGUCUCGAACAUCAGAAGUGGUUGGAAGUGGACUGGUCUACACCCUGUAGCGAUGGUUAAGCCCCUGAUGAACCCUAUGGUAUUACCUGAGCCUUCUGCUAAGCACCACACCCAAACCAACCAGUCGGGGCAAAAACCAUGGGAUUCUGCUUCCUCUGCAGUGGUCUGGUCGACACCCAGGAAGCUGGCAGAGCUCAGCGGUCAACUGCACUUAUACACCCAACUCGACAAUGAUACCAGCACUCAACGGCUGCUGUUCAGGAAGGUGAAAAAAGGCUUCACAGAGCAGGCCUGGCAACUGGCAGCUGCCCAGCAGCAGCUGGCUCACCUGAGGGCUCAAGUUACCAACGCUGCAGUUAGGAAGAGGAAGACUGUUCAGAUCGAUCCCAACACGAAGUUUGCGAACAUCAGGGAUAUCCAUCGGGCUCAAAUCGAAGCGGGUGAAAAGGAGGUUAUUACGGCUGAAUCCAGCGACUCUGAAUGCCCUAGUGAGGCUGGCAGUUGUAUUGUAGUGGGUGUGGUUGAGGAUCAAUAG